GGCCGGCUGCCUGGAGAAGAAGGAGGCGGAGCGCACGGUCUAGGACAUCUGGACUCCUCACGCCGCUGUCCCCGCGUCGUGCCCACGUCCAGAUACCCGCUGCUUUUGUGGAAAGGAAAAAGAGCUGGAAGGAGGUACGUAAUGUCCCACUGUCGGCGAUGCCAACCUUGCUGGCUUGGCUGGAGCUGUGGCUGCCAAAGCUCUCCUGUUGUAAAUGUGUAUAAGGCCUGUGUAACUGUUCCUGGACAAUUGUAGGGGUUGCUGCCCUCAUCCUGCUGCUGGUAGCCCUGCUGGCUCGUGUCCUCGUCAAAAGAAAACCGCCCCGGGACCCACUGUUCUAUGUGUACGCGGUGUUUGGAUUUACCAGCGUGGUGAACCUCAUCAUAGGACUGGAGCAAGAUGGAAUCAUUGAUGGAUUCAUGACACACUACCUGAGAGAGGGCGAGCCGUAUCUGAACACUGCAUAUGGGCACAUGAUCUGCUACUGGGAUGGCUCUGCUCAUUAUCUGAUGUACCUAGUGAUGGUGGCAGCCAUAGCAUGGGAGGAGAGUUACAGAACCAUAGGCCUAUAUUGGGUUGGAUCAAUUAUAAUGAGCGUUAUUGUUUUUGUACCAGGAAACAUUGUAGGGAAGUAUGGAACACGAAUUUGCCCUGCUUUUUUCUUAAGCAUACCAUAUACUUGUCUUCCUCUCUGGGCUGGUUUCAGAAUCUAUAAUCAGUCAUCAGAAAGUUACAAUUAUCCCUCAAAGGUUGUUCAAGAAACCCAAGCAAAGGACUUACUGCGAAGACCCUUUGAUUGCAUGUUGGCUGUGUGUGUUCUCCUGGCAAUGGGAUUUUCUCUCUUCAGAGGCUUGAUUGCUCUGGAUUGCCCAGCUGAGCUCUGCCGAUUAUACACGCAAUUUCAAGAGCCCUACCUAAAGGAUCCUGCUGCUUAUCCUAAAAUUCAGAUGCUGGCAUAUAUGUUCUAUUCUGUCCCUUACUUUGUCAUUGUGCUUUAUGGCUUAGUGGUUCCUGGAUGUUCCUGGAUGCCUGAUGUAACACUGAUACAUGCCGGAGGCCUAGCUCAGGCUCAGUUUUCUCACAUUGGUGCUUCUCUUCACGCUAGAACUGCUUAUGUGUACAGAGUCCCUGAAGAAGCAAAAAUCCUUUUUUUAGCCUUAAACAUAGCAUAUGGAGUUCUUCCUCAGCUCUUGGCCUAUCGAUGUAUCUAUAAACCAGAAUUCUUCAUAAAAACAAAGGCAGAAGAAAAAGUGGAAUGAAGGUAUUACUUCAUGUUCUUCCUCUCUGGAUUACUGACUUUUUGUUACACUGGUACUAGUAUUUGUCUCAUUUCAUUCCCUUCUCAUCCAUGAAUACUUAAGAAUACAUCAAUUUGUGCUGCAAUAUGUAUGACAUUGUGGGGGUAAAUUUUCUUUUUGAAGGAAAAUUGAAGUUGUUGAGAAACAGCUUAUGGAAAUAUACUCAAAAUUUUUUUGUGAAUAAACCUGACCAUCCACCUCAAUAGUAUUUGCACACACUAAUUAUAAAUGUGAAAAUUACAAUGUAGUGCCUACAACAGUGAGCAUGAAAAUGAAAUUAUUUAAAAGUGUGGAAUGUUGUCUAUGCAUAUGAAAAAUUCAGAAAAGCAGGCCAGCAGGCAGUUUGAAGGUUAAGGCGCUGGAUCCCACAUGGCUUUCUCCGUGGCUCAAGUCCCAGACCUGGUGGCUUGAAAGCUAGGCCAGGUGUGUGUACACGCGGGCCCAAAGUCCAGGAGGAGAAGGGAUUGCAGAGUGGCCAUCCCUGCUGAGGGUAAUUUCUCAGUCCACAACCCUGUGCCUGCAGAGUGUACGUGCCCUAUAGCAAACUAAAAAGAAAUUUAAAAAUAAAAUAAAAUCAAAAUAGCAAACACAAAUUGGAGAAACAACUUCUGUAUAUACAAUGUAGUAGUAGAUUCAUUAUCAACUUCAAUAUAAAAGGCCUAAUCAUCAGAAUAUUUGUUCUUAAGUGUUGUUUGGAAAAUGCUUUCCCAAGUAAAGUAUACUAUUCAUUACUGUUUUAAAAAUUACUAAAACUUUGUGUGAAUCUAAACAGCUAAAUGAGAGAUCAGUAACUGUGUCAUUACCCUUAAUGAAGACCUAUUUUACUGGUGGCUGACAUUUCUACUGUAUAUCUGUGUAUAUUUUUAAUAAAAUUAUUUUUGGCCUUUUAUGAAGACAAACCUUAUUUAAUCUGAAUCACUGUACCAUAGAUUUUUUUUCAUGACAGGUUUUAGCUUUUUAAGAAAAUGUCAGUUCUAUGUUUCAAUUAAAAAUAUCAUCUACAUUCUUAUGUUUUAUUGUAAACAAUAAAGAGACUGCCCUUUGAUGAAUUAAAUUUCAUUAUUUUAAAAAUAAAUCACAAUACUCAAAAUUAAAAAGUACCUUUUGGGCCAGCAGUCUAACACAGUGCUUAAGCACCAUCUGUUGGGAGCUGGAUGUCACAUGGCUGACAGUGGUUUGAAUCUGCUUUCCAAAACCAGCCAGGACAUCUGUGCAGUGAUGUCCCAAAUCCUGAUGAGAGCAGAAAUACAGGGAAAAAGAUGGAGUGUGACCACACCCCACUGUGAGGUGCUUUUUCUCUCUCUCUGGCAAGUAUAUGAGUCCUCUGCCAAUUAAAGAAAAAAGGAAAGUGCCUUUUAAGAAAAAAGAAUUAGACUGCCAUUCCUACUAUCUUUUCAUGAGCCUCUCACAUAUGGAAAUCUUUGCAAGUACAAUAGAGAAAAUCAGUAUUUGUUAAAUGAGGGAGAACAAACGGAAAAUGCGGCUGCUUCUGCAAUGUGCCCUGGAAUGGUAAGGGGGUUGGUGCUCUCACACCCUCUACUGCCAUCAUCACCAUCAUCAGAAGGGCCCUAUAAGCUUUAGGUCUUCUUUCAUUUUCUUUUCAUGGGAUUUAUUAUCUCUUCACCAAGAUAAGAAAACCAAAAGAAAAUAGGAUUCAAAUCAAUGCAUAAUGUCAAGUGUGUGAAUUUGGGAUCCACUGAACUGGUAAAUAUUUUCUUAGUACAAGCAAAUCAUAUAGUUACUCCCCCACCUACUGGCCCAGAGUUUUCAAAUAAACUAAAACCCAGAGACUGUUAAAAAAAGAAAAAAAAAAAA